AUGGUUGCCUACUACAACCACUUCGUCCUCAGCGCUUUAAUCGCCUUCCUCGCCGGAGAAUCUCUCGCAAUCGAGUGCGAUUCGAGACUUAUCCCCCAUAGACCGGUGCGCAAGGCGGAAUGUAUGAGAGCAAUCUCUCAAAUUGUUUACAAUUCCGACAACACCCUUGACACAACCUCCAAGCGAGUAGAUUACACUUUCGGAGAAUGCAAUGUCUCUAUCUACAAUGAUUUGGGCAUUGAAAUCACCAAGGCCCAAGUCGAACAUCGUUUCAACAAGAUCCUUGACAAAUGCCGAUACGAUGCCGGCGGAAACGACUUCCACGACAAUGACCCGGUCUUUUUCUACAUCGGCAACCGCGCAAUCGGCAGGUUCCAGUCGUGGGACUCCGACUUCCCCACCCGACUACCAACGUGUGCGGUGGAGGACAAUGCACCCGCCCUGUACCAGGACGAUUGUAUCAAGGCGUUCUCCGACAUCGCCACUGACACCACUGGACGGAUCCUAACCGAUGACUACAAGCAAACUGACCAAGUCGAAAAGACUUACAAAUCUUGCACCAUAAAUGUAUACACCUACGACUUUUCGAAACUCGAUGUAACCAAGCCAGAACUUGAAGACGACUUUGUCAAGACACUCCAGUACUGCAGCAACAAGUGCGGUGUGAUCCGGAUCGUAGGAGGCACCCAUGGGCCCAACGGCAGAGUCUACCUCAGCUUCAAGCACGCCCAAUCUCAGGAUAGCUGCUCCAUCUAUCGCUCCCCAUUACGAACCCAAUGA